UUCCCAUAGGUUGGAGCAUCACCAGGGUAUAAGUAGACCUGCACCGUGAUCCUUACUACACUCCUGCAGUGAACACUGACACAAGACACUGCUGCCACUCUCCAAACAUGAUGAAGACUCUACUGUUUGUCGUAGCCUUCACUGCUUUACUCUCUACAGGAAGCUUGGCAUCAGUACAUCAAGCUACAUGUUACACUGAUCAUAACAAAGGUGGCAGCUACCAGACCUUCACUGACUACAUCCCUGAUCUUCUAACUUACAACUUUGACAAUCAGAUCUCCAGUGUCACUGUCACCGGAAUCUGGAUCUUCUACGAGCGCGCCAACUUUGCAGCUGGUACCAGCGUCUACUGGGUUCAUGGUUUUAAUUACUUCACUAACUUUGAUGGAGGCUACGACAACGCGUUCUCCUCACUGAGGUACGGGGGAAGCACGUCUUGUCUGAACUGUGACACGUGGACGGUGUACCUGGAUCUGUACUUCUCUGGCAGUGAGUACUAUGGCACCACAGACACUGCCUCCCUGGGCAGCCUCCAGAAAGAAGUCUCCUCAAUCCUCCUGACGGGUAUUUCUCCGUGGACCUUCUACAAUGGACCGUCAUAUACCGGGAGCAGCGUGUGUCUGUACCCCAGUACUGACCAAGACACUGAUGGUGCCGGCAGUGUUCUGAAUAUUGGCCUCUACCCAGAUGUGAGUACUGACAACAACACACUACCCAGACGUGACAUCAGUGGGGAUAUACGACAACAGCAUCCAGUCAGUGCGCAAGGGAUGCUGGUCAAAGAAGGUCAUCAGAGCAGCAGCAGAGGUCAAGGCACAAGGCAAGGCACACAACGGUGCCUGGGGUCACUUCAAGGUCACAGAUGACCAAACUAAACCUGUCUCUGGUGAUGACCUUCUGCAGGAUGCUUAGAUGUGGAUGAUGAUAUUGACGAGGCGGAAGUUGUGCCAAGGGUGAGAGAGAGAGAGAGAGAGAGAGAGAGAAGAGAGAGAGAGA